ACUCGGUGUCACGACGGGAGGAGACUCGGGCCGGCAGCGCUCCCGCCCCCACCCCCCUCCCUGGCUCCUCGCGCUGCUCCGAGCCCCCUCCCCAGCGCCCCAAGCCGCGGGGCCACUCGCCCAGACUCGUACCAAACUUUUCCGCCCUGAGCGCUGGCUCCUGGACUCCCGGGCUUCCCUGUCUACUCCUUCCCGGGUUCCCUCUCCAGCCUCUCUCGGGACUAGAAGCGAGCGGUCCUCUUCCCCGCGUCCCUCCCUCCCUCUCCAGACUUUUUGGGGAGGAGCUGUGCACGCUCCGGGGAGUUCCCGAGGGCCACCGGCGCCGCGGUCGCCGUUCCAUUCCGCUUUCACCUGGAUAUAAUUUCCAAGCGAAGCUGCCCCAGGAUGACCACGCUGGCCGGAGCUGUGCCCAGGAUGAUGCGGCCGGGCCCGGGCCAGAACUACCCGCGCAGCGGGUUCCCUCUGGAAGUCUCCACUCCCCUUGGACAGGGUCGUGUCAACCAGCUUGGCGGUGUCUUUAUCAACGGUAGGCCGCUGCCUAACCACAUCCGACACAAGAUCGUGGAGAUGGCUCACCACGGCAUCCGGCCCUGUGUCAUCUCCCGCCAGUUACGGGUGUCCCACGGCUGCGUCUCUAAGAUCCUGUGCAGGUACCAGGAGACAGGCUCCAUCCGCCCCGGUGCCAUCGGGGGCAGCAAGCCCAAGCAGGUGACAACUCCUGACGUGGAGAAGAAAAUUGAGGAAUACAAAAGAGAGAACCCGGGCAUGUUCAGCUGGGAAAUUCGAGACAAGUUACUCAAGGACGCGGUCUGUGAUCGCAACACUGUGCCUUCAGUGAGCUCCAUCAGCCGCAUCCUGAGGAGUAAAUUCGGGAAGGGCGAAGAGGAGGAGGCCGACCUGGAGAGAAAGGAAGCCGAGGAGAGCGACAAGAAGGCGAAACACAGCAUCGACGGCAUCCUGAGCGAGCGAGCCUCAGCACCCCAAUCAGAUGAAGGCUCCGACAUCGACUCUGAACCCGACUUGCCCCUGAAGCGGAAGCAGCGCAGAAGCAGAACGACCUUCACAGCAGAACAACUGGAAGAGCUGGAGCGAGCUUUUGAGAGGACCCAUUACCCUGACAUUUACACCCGGGAGGAGCUGGCACAGCGGGCGAAGCUCACCGAGGCCCGAGUGCAGGUCUGGUUUAGCAACCGCCGUGCGAGAUGGAGGAAGCAAGCUGGAGCUAAUCAACUGAUGGCUUUCAACCACCUCAUUCCAGGGGGGUUCCCCCCCACCGCCAUGCCGACUCUGCCAACGUACCAGCUGUCCGAGACCUCUUACCAGCCCACAGCUAUCCCACAAGCUGUGUCGGACCCCAGCAGCACCGUCCACAGACCUCAGCCGCUUCCUCCGAGCACUGUACACCAAAGCACUAUUCCUUCCAACCCCGACAGCAGCUCAGCCUACUGCCUGCCCAGCACGAGGCAUGGAUUUUCCAGCUAUACAGACAGCUUUGUGCCUCCGUCCGGACCCUCCAACCCCAUGAACCCCGCCAUCGGCAAUGGCCUUUCACCUCAGGUGAUGGGACUUCUGACCAACCAUGGUGGGGUACCCCAUCAGCCCCAGACUGAUUAUGCUCUCUCCCCUCUCACUGGGGGCCUGGAACCUACCACCACGGUGUCGGCCAGCUGCAGUCAGAGACUGGACCAUAUGAAGAGCUUGGACAGUCUGCCCACAUCUCAGUCCUACUGUCCACCCACCUAUAGCACCACGGGCUACAGUAUGGACCCUGUCACAGGCUACCAAUAUGGGCAGUAUGGACAAAGUGCCUUUCAUUAUCUCAAGCCAGAUAUUGCAUAAGUGAACUGUCCACUAGGAGCUAAAACUGGCCCUGUUCCAUGAAGAAUCUUCUCAGAAAAAAACAAAAUCACCCGUUGGGGGGGCAGUCUCAACAGGAGACCAAGGAGAGUGAUUGAUUUGCUUUCUCCAGUAGUUGGUUUCAAAUUCUUUUGAACAUGUUGGACAAAAGCAGAGGAGAGAAGGAAGAUCCAGGACAAUGAAAGACAAAUGCAACAUUUUCAGGCGGUGGUUUGACAUGUCUCCAUAUCACAUUAUCCCAGCUCUGUAUUGCCGAUGAUCAAGAGCAAAAACAUUCCGUGUAUGUGAGUGUGUGUGUACGUGUGUGUGUGAUUUACCUGGAAUAGUUUGGGCAAGCAGAAUGUCUCAAAUAUAGUGGGAGAAUAAACUAUAACAUGUUUGAUGUCCAAUGCUGAUACUUCUACAACUUUAAAACUGCUCACUUGAUGAAGCAGGAAUGGAGGAACACUUAACUUUUACACACUGGAAAUUGCUAGAAACAUAAUGCUACCAUUUUUAGGAAGGUAGACUAGAUGUAAAGGACCUCCCAAAUAAAUUAUUUGUUAUCGUGUCCUUAUUUGUAAUCCAGUUGUCAAUAAAUGUCUUCAAUGGACCUGUCUUGCUAAUAAGAUAUGGGAUAGCAGGAGGAAAAGCUUGCUUUUUUUCCCUGGGUGGGAGUGGGGCAUGACAUUUUUCCAAUUCAUUUUCAUUUGGAAACCAACCUGGGCGGGGGAGGGAGUGUUGGAGAGGAUUGACAUGCAUGCCCACAGCUGCUUAUCAGUGUGCAAUACUGUGUACCUCACCAGUGCUUUGGCAAUGGCCAAGGCCAUAUAAACAGAAUCAGAACUAUAUUUUUGCAGGUGCUUUAUUUUCGCAGCCCAUGAUUCAUUGUGGUAGAAUGCAGUGAUGUUUGCCAUUUGCUGGACAACCAACACCCGACUUGCUCCUUUUGAUUAGAGGCCGUGUUUGAGAAUAAUGCUUUUGAAAUGACUACGUUUACAUUCUUCUCUUUUCUAUGAAAGGCAGGGCAAGAACAGAAAUGUCCACAUGGCUCUCAUGUACUUUUAAAUUAUACAAUGAUAUCCAAUAUUAAAAGAUUAUAGGAACUGAGGUUUACAUACACUUGCGUGGUGACAUUUUAGAAUGUCAAUAAAUUUGUUUUUGAGAUGUUCAGAGGAACAAGGAGGUGGAUGGCAGUGUUAUUUAUUUCUUUCUAUUCUUGGAACCAUGAACGAGGUAGGCACAAAUACAUUCCUGUUAGAGUUAAGAACUAGGAUGUAGCAAGUUAGUGAGACUAGACAUAGUACAGAGCUUAGGUCAUACAUUGGUCUUAGAGGGUGGUGGAUCACGAGAAGUGCUAUCUUUGUGUUGCAGCCUCAACCAACAACAAUGUGUUGUAAAAAUGUCUUUCAUGU